ACAACUCCAGGACUCCCAACAUCGAGGUCUCCUAGCUAGCUCCUCGGGUCCUUCGCCCCGGCCGUCUCACCCAAGUCUCCAGCGUGGGCACGCGCGCCGCGCCAGGCACAUAUAUAGCCCACAGACGUCGUCAGCCGCGCAAUUUCCUCCUCCUCUGCUAGCUUUUCUGUUCCAUCCAUCGCCUACGCGUGUGGGUUUUAUAGCUUUGCUUCCGGUCGCUCGUCAUGAAGCCCGGCACGUUCACGGCGCUCGCCAUGGCGUUGGCGGCGGCGGCGACGCUCCUGUCGUCUUCGCCAUCGAAGGAGAUCCUGACGUCCAUCAAGGUCGACGACGACGUGGAGCUGAUCCCGGUGGACGGCGGCGCCGCGGGGCCGGAGAGCCUGGCGUUCGACUUGCACGGCCAGGGGCCCUACGCCGGCGUCUCAGACGGCCGGGUCAUCCGGUGGAUCCCGGCCGAGCGCCGCUGGGUCGAGCACUCCUCCUCCACACCUGAACUAUUGGACAGUUGCAGAGGAUCGCAAGACACGAAGCGGGAGCACGAGUGUGGGCGCCCACUGGGCCUCAGGUUCAACAACAAGACCGGGGACCUCUACGUCGCGGACGCCUACCAUGGGCUGAGGGUGGUUAGCCCAGGGGACAAGGUGUCCAGGCCUAUCGAGCCCAGGUCAGCUGAUGACCCAUUCAGCUUCGCCAACGGCGUCGAGAUCGACCAUGAAACUGGCGCCGUCUACUUCACCAAGACCAGCACGAGGUUCCACAGGAGGGAGUUCUUGAACAUUGUCAUCUCCGGCGACACCACGGGCAGAUUGCUCAAAUGCGACCCCAAGAGCGGCCAAGUCCAAGUCCUGGCCGACGGCCUGGCAUUCCCCAACGGCCUAGCCAUGAGCGAGGACGGAUCCUACCUCCUCCUGGCCGAGACCUCAACGGGCAAGAUCAUGCGUUACUGGCUCAAGACAUCGACCCUGGAGGAAUUCGCGCAGCUGCCGGGGUUCCCGGACAACAUCAAGGCGAGCCCGAGAGGCGGCUACUGGGUCGCGCUCCACGCCAAGCGAGGCAAGAUCGCGGAGCUGUCGACCACUUACCCCUGGCUGAGGAGGCUGGUCAUGAAGCUCCCCGCGAGGCGCGUGCAAGGCGUCAUGGCGUUGUUGGGAAGGUUUGGGCGUCAGGUGAUCGCGCUGAGGCUGAGCGAGGAAGGGAAGGUGGUGGAGGAGGUGACCGUCCAUGGCGCGGCGAGGAAGGCGUUCGCGUCCAUCAGCGAGGUGGAGGAGAGGGAUGGUUGCUUGUGGAUUGGGUCCGUUCUUUCGCCUUUCCUUGGGUUCUACCGUUUAUAGACUUAGAAAUAUGGAGCGUGUACAUUAGAAAAUGCAUUAUGUGUAUAUAAUUCAUAUACGGGGAGUUAAACAUUACUAGGAUUUAGGAAUCAUUGUCGCAUGCAUAGGCAAAGAAACUAGCCUAUCAUUCAGGCAUCUCCGCAAAGGUUUAGUUUAUCAAUGAUGAUAAUGACCCUUGAACUAAUA